GAGACUUGUACAAAGGACACUCGUCGAAGAAAACGAAGUCGCACGGACUCUCUUUUCCUUUCCCCCACCCUCUAUCCAAACCUACGGACUAUUUUUUUUUUAAUAAAACCCCACCCGAAAAUCUCUACCCUCACAAAGCAGUCCUCCCACCGCACGCAAACGCAGCCGACCUCGAGCCAGCCGUCGCGUCGCCAUGGCGAGCAAGCAGACCCGCCGCGUCCUCGUCCUCGCCGCCGUCGCCGCGUGCCUGCUCCUCCUCCCCGCCGCCUCGGUCGCCACCUCCGUCGACUACUGCAGUAAGAAGAACUACCCGGUGAAGGUCAGCGGGGUGGAGAUCGUGCCCGAUCCGGUCGAGCCCGGCAACCCCGCCACUUUCAAGAUCUCCGCUUCUACUGAUAAAACCAUUGAGAAGGGGAAGCUGCAAAUCGAUGUUAAAUAUUUCUUCUUCUACGUGCACUCGGAAACGCGCGACAUCUGUGGAGAGACUUCCUGUCCAGCAACUGGUGACUUCGUUCUAUCUCAUCAGCAGACGUUACCAGGAUUCACUCCACCGGGCUCGUACACGAUCUACAUGAAGAUACUUGGUGACGAAAACGAGGAACUGAGCUGCAUCUCGUUCGGGUUCAGCAUUGGGUUCGUCGCCUCCAGCUGAACGCGUCCGAGCUGAGCACCACAAGUAGCCCAUGGAUGAUGUAAUUAUGUAAAACCACUCUGUAUCCUAUAACUCCCAGCCCCAGUGUCGAGGUCCAUGUACGCUUUGUGGGUGUCGCGCUACUGUCUUGUGUCGUUGUGUUCAACUAAGACGUUUUAUCCAGAGUUGAACAUCACAAUAAAAACAGAGUCUGAUAUCAUGUAAUGAAAGUCUGCGUUCUUGGUGAACCCGUUUUGUGUGUA